ACUCUCUGUGUCCACCGGGCUUUCAAAAGCUUUGGCAACCUUUUCCACCACCCUCAAACACACACACAAAGAGUAGUCUCAGACUCUCAGCCCGUCCCUCAGAGAAUCCAUGACAAUAUGAGGGGUGUGUCUGACUCUGCUUUUUGGGCUCCUCGGUUUCAAAUGAGUCAGACGACACAAAAGUCAUCCACAGAGAACCUCUGACUCUCACAGAUAAGGAUUAUGCAAGACUCACAGGAACUGUAAAACAUUUGGUUUCACUGAAGCUUGGGCUAAUUUAGAGAGGACUGACUUUGUGAAAGAUAACAGGAUUUGCUUUGAGGGUUGGAUGGAGCCAAAGAUAGACAUCAGCCAAGAUGGCAGAGACGAGAGGAAGCAAAGCAGUCGGACAUCAUCCUUGCCUAGCUUAUGGAACAACAGAAAAGACUGGGGCAAAAUAAGGUCCUUGCAUCCAUCAGUCAGUUUGACUUCUUCCUCAAUACCUGUUCUUCCUGCUGCUCAUGUCACUCAGCUCAGUAAGUCAGCACCAGUGCUAAUGGACCCUCUUCUUGAUGCAAGUGUGCUGCUGCAAGCACGGACUAACAUUCAUAAUAGACUUGGAGGUGUUAACACAGGGGAUGAUAAUAGCAGACAAAAGACAAUACCUACUCUAUGUUCAAAGUCACCUAAACAUCUUGCUCCGCUGGAUAAUAUAUAUAGGAAUGGCUCUGCACGUUCAAGUCUUGAGCACCCACUGCUCUUAAAACAAAGUAGUAUAUUGCCCAUCUCAUCACAAUCCAGGAGAAGACUGGAAAGGAUCUCCAGGCCGUCUUCCAGAAGAUCCAGAGGCACCAGAACUGGCAGUGAAGAGAGCAACUCCUGCAGCAGUAGUAGCCAAGAAGAGGAUGAGACAGUGCCUCAAGAUACACAAAAGAUUCAUGGGGGCUUAGAUAAAUCCCUUAAUCUGGAACUAGGGACCUAUUUGGAUUUUCAGGAGUUCGUCAGUUCAGUAAUACACAAUAGUAGAAAAGAUAUAACUUCAGACAACAAGAAAGGCUAUACAUCUAUCAAAUCAUUGACUGCCAGGGAUGUCGAGGAUGAAAUAAUAUGCAAGUCUACUAAAACAACUGAAAACUCACGGGAAUUUCUGAGGAAGUCCCCAAAUAUGGACUGCUGCUCUGUCUCUGAAGAGCCCCAAAGCAUAAUCAGACAAACACAACCUAUAGACAGAGGAUCCCAUUUUAUUUCAGGAGAGAAGCAUCGCUCUACUGUGGAUACUGAUGUAGCAGAACACACUCCACAUGAAAAGAACAAACCCGUUAAGAUUAUCAAAAGAAAUGACAGUAAAGGCAAAACAUCUAUUCAGACAAAUCAGUCAUUCAAUGUUCUGGCACACAGAAAACAAAGUUCUGUUAAAACCACAAGGAAUAGGAUAAAUUCACCAAUUCACUCAAAGGUGCAACUCCGAGAAAGUAAACCCACCAGCCUAGUUAUUGCAGGAGAGUCUAACAGCAAAUAUUUGCCAAGAGCACCUUGUAAAAAAACUGCACAUGAAGCCCCAACAGCAAGGGGGGUCUCUGAACCUUUUCAACACAUGAAGUUGAGUGAUGACAAGAAACUAAGCGGUAACAGCCAAAACCAACUUCUCAGAGAUCUAAGAGGUGCAAAAGCAUCCAAAAAGCCAGGAACAGGACCAGUACAGCGAACAAGGUCUGCUGUGGAUUAUGUCACUUACAACGACAUGUUUCUGAAGAUCAGUCAGGGAGAUGAAGGUCCAGCAAUCUACGAAAUGUUUGCAACUCCAGUUUAUGAAAAUCUUAGAGUAGACAGUUCUGCAGAGAGAACCAGACAGGUCCAUACAGCACUUCAAGUUAAAAGACAAACCAAUGGAAAACUGAAGGGCCAAAAAACAGUGGAGGUUAACCGAAGGAAACAAGCUCAAUCAGAAAGAUCCAGUCGAGCUAAACACAGGCAACUCAAGCGGAGGGAUACUGUUAACAAAGGAAUAAGGAAAAACCCACCUUCUUCAGAGAAUAAAUGCCAUGUCCUUUUAACUUCUGCUUGUGCAGCAGUCCAGCUGAAUAUAUCCAAAAUGCACAUCGAGGGAGAUGGAAGGGAAUUAUCAAGCGCAGAGAGACAACAUACUUCCAUACUAUCAGUGAUUGAGGAAGUACUUUCCAACACUGUAUCCAAAACUCUCAUAAAGGAAAUAAUACAUCAAGAACAAACUCCAAUUGAUGCAGGUGCCAAAAGUGAACCUGAAAUAUUACACGAAACCAAAUUGCCAUCACAGCCUCUUAUCAAUACCUGGACAAGUGACGGAACAGUCUCACCAGUGUACCACAGCCUUCUAGAUGAGGUUGGCGAUGGACCUCUCACAGAUGACUUGCUGAGGUCUUUGGCAGACGAGUUGAUCUCACUCGAGAGAAGAGAUUUUGAAACACUCAAGACUGAAAAGGAAUAUAGCACAGAGUUCAAACAUAAUGUGCCUUCGAGAUUUAGAAUGUUAUUAAAUGAGGGUUCAUCCUCAGGUGAACUGCAUUACACCAAUGGAUCUUGCUCAGAUGAUGCCAUCACAUGGACAAAAGGAGAGGUUCUGGGUAAAGGAGCUUAUGGAACAGUGUAUUGUGGGCUAACCAGUCAAGGUCAGCUGAUUGCAGUAAAACAAGUGGCACUGGAUGCUUCAACUUCAGAGAUGGCAGAAAAAGAGUAUGAACGCCUGGAGAGAGAAGUGGAUCUUCUCAAGACCCUUCAUCACACUAACAUUGUUGGUUUCUUGGGCACAGCUCUCUGUGAGAAUGCUGUUAGCAUCUUCAUGGAGUAUGUUCCAGGGGGCUCCAUCUCAAACAUCUUGAGCCAGUUUGGACCCUUGCCAGAGAAGGUCUUUGUUCUAUACACUCGACAAAUUCUGGAAGGUGUUGCCUAUCUUCAUGCUAAUAGGGUCAUCCAUAGAGAUCUGAAGGGGAACAACAUUAUGCUUAUGCCCAAUGGAGUGGUCAAGCUAAUCGACUUUGGUUGUGCUUGCCGUCUUAGCUGUCUUCAGACUUCAGCUGGAAGUAAGAGUGACCUUCUGAAGUCUGUGCAUGGUACUCCAUACUGGAUGGCACCAGAGGUGAUAAGUGAGACAGGUCAUGGACGAAAAUCAGACAUCUGGAGCAUUGGCUGCACCGUGUAUGAAAUGGCCACAGGAAAGCCACCCCUCGCUCACAUGAACAAGAUAGCAGCCCUCUUUUACAUUGGGGCUCAAAAGGGCUUAAUGCCAUCUCUGACAGAUGACUUCAGUACACAUGCAAAAGGCUUUGUCAAGGCUUGCCUAACCAGAGAUCCAAAGCAACGACCUUCAGCAGAGGAAAUGUUAAGACAUGCAUUCAUCUCUCAUCACAGCCAAGGCUGCAGUAGGACAAUGAACUGAAAACUUAAUUCACCAAAUCAAAAAGUGACUUUUAAAAACAAU